UGUUCGCGGGGACCCGCGAAUCGACCGAUGUAAUCCGGGACGACGUAUCCCGUCUCGAUGGCGAGCGGAUCCGCCUCGUCCUUCGACAUUUCCUCAGGUUCCUGGUUCAAAGACAUCUCGCGCAGCUCGCGGCGCAUAUAUAAGUCAAAACCAGAUUGCAGCAAGGUGCAUAGCCUGGACAGUCCUUCAGGCAGUAAGGAGGUCGGCAGAGGCACAUCAAGCACUAUGCAGGCACUGAUUCCAAUUUUCGCGAUCCUCGGUGUGGCGACAAGCGCGCAGCUGACCCUGCUGCCCUACGCUUAUCUGGCGAAUCCGCUUCCGGUGUAUCAUCAGUCGCAGGACACGCGCGUCGGAGUGCACGCAUACAGUUACGCCGGCGGCCCGUCCGCCAAGGAGGAAGUCCGGGGUCUCGACGGGGUCACGCGUGGCUCCUACAGCUACAUAGAUGCACAUGGUAUCCUACAAUCCGUCUUCUACGUUGCCGAUGAGGGCGGCUUCCGCGUCGCGGCGACCAAUCUGCCGCUUGGGACCGGUGAGCAGGUCCUGUUAGCCAGCAACGUCCUGCAGGAAGACGCGAAGGUCACUGCCGCGGAGGAGGUGGAGCGCACGACGAGCCGCAGAAAACGCAGUCUCGAGGCAUCGACCGAUAAUCAAGAUCGGACAGAGAAUCCAAGUUCCCAAGAAGAUCGGGACUCGGCAAACGCCUCACCGAAGAGUUCCCAGGAGCUUCCAGCGCAGGAGGAAAAGACCGAGGCGGGUCGGACCAAUCGCGGCACUACGGCAUCCGUCGUCGCGCCUGUUUACGAACUCUCGGACACGAUUUUAGUCCCGAGAUUGAUCGGCACGGCAACUUCUUCUCAGAGCCGCGUUGAUGUUCACAAUAACGUUCGUCUGAAGGCCGUUCAACCCGUCGAGACGAUCGGAGUCCUGUCGGCACCCUCUUACGAGACGGUGAUCCUUCCAAGUCAAGUGCCUCUGGCGAUCUCCCAUCAGAGCCGACUCCAGGUGCAUGACGAUCUCCGUGUCGAGAGACCGGAGAAGCUCGUUAAAGACGCGACUCAACCAGAGACAUCGGCGGUGGCCGCGAUCGAUCUCGGACCGCUUCCGGUCCUGUCCGCUCUUCCCGAUUACAAUCAGAAUCGAAUCCAGCUUUAUAAGAAUCUCGGACUAGAGGGUUCGAAUGUCAAGAACGCCGUCAAGCUUGACGCGGUGCCGUUGGCGAUUGUCGAAACGCCGAUCAAGAGCCCGGUGCCCGCGGUUCCGACUGUCACCAAAGAAGUACCGGUUGUCACUGCCGUCUCCAGUCAGAGUAGAACCCAGAUUCAUGGUAACACCAAGCUCGAAGUAGCUCUACCGAUCGUGAGCGGACCUACCGUGUACGUGGCGACUUCCUAUGCUCAACCGAUCGCCGCCUGGCCGAUCUUGGCAACUCCCCUCGCUCAAGCCUCUCAAUAUCGUAGUCAGAUACACUUGAACGAAAAGCGCGUGUGGUGACGGAAUAAGGAUGUCGACCGUGAGGAUUUGCUACAUAUUUAUGAGGCGCCUCAUAUUUAUUCUCAUGAUACUUUUCGAUAAACUUGGUUGACUCGAUUCUCUUCAGAUCUUUAUGUCUCUCAUUCAUAAACAGUAUAAUAUUUUUUAACUUGAUUCUCUUUUUACAAGAUAGAUUCGAGAUAUAAAUUUAUAAAAAUUUUAUAGAUAUCUUCUUCAAAUAAUUCUAAUAAUUAUAAUUUAUAAAUUAUCUUUUUUUGCGGCUGUUAAAAUUAAUAUCGCAUAAUUAUAUGUUGAAGGAGAUAUUUCAUCGUAAAACAUUUUUUGAUCAUAAAAAAUAUUCAAGUCGUUUAGAGAUUAAAACAGUUUUAAGCGGAUCAGUCACUUGCAACGCGCUAAAAAAAUUAGAAUAAGGCGUUCAUAGCGAGAGUUCUACGAGCGACUGAUCGAUGACAAGUUUGCUCAUAGUAGCUCGUUGUAUGGACAU